UUUGGGCGCCGCGGGCGGCCCAAGGCGGCCAGAGAGCGGCCGGCGGCCGGUGGCGGGCCGCUCGGGACGCGGGGGCCGCGGCUAAUUGGCGGGCGCGGGUCAUCGGCGGCGACGCAAGAACAAUGAACUCCGCCAUUCGCCAAGUGUUUCGGCUUGGGUGCCUCACCGCCUGCCUCGCCGUUCGAUAUCCCGUCCACCCUCGGUUAUCACACUCAUUAGCCGAUAAGUCGGCAAUUACGGCGGCCCGUGGGCCGCCGCCGCCCUCGAUGGCGACUACGUACCUUUAAAUCGCGUUUUUCGUCCUUCUUUCUACAUCUAAGCGCUUGUUUUAUGCACAAAUAACAAGAACUUUCUACCUUUCCACAUAAUAUCGGUGCGAGCGAAUCGUGGAAAAUACUCAAACUCGGGCACAAAGCCGCGCUCCCAUUGGUCCGCUCGUGAGCGCACAUUCGUGCUUGUCACGAAACGCCGACCAAUCACGGGCCGCGUUACAUCGCGUCGGCCACAAAUGUGGAUGCCGUCGCGGCCAAUCAGCGCGAAGCAUUUUCGUGCACGCCGAAUUCAGCCGAAUUUCGCAGCCGAAUUCGAAUCGGCGCCGCCAAAAUGCUUCGAAACGCGGCGCCCGUGAAAUUCCGGUCCGCUUGCUCACCUUUUUCCACGCGGAGAUGGCGUAGUUCCUGAGAAAUCCGGCCGCUUUUGCAUCACCGGACAGCCGCCAUAUUAUGUAAUUGCUAGUCAUAAUAAGUCUUAAUUAAUUUCAUGUCAUCCUAGCCGGUCGCGACUCGCCCGAUGCCUCCAUCCGCCGCCUCUAAAAAUCAAAUUUUAGCUCGAGCACAAUUUUCCGCUGCUGUGCGUGCGCGUAAAACACUCACUUUUCACUCCGAGUGCGAAUUUUGGUAAUUUUUAUGACCUUCUUACUCGAGUUGUACUCUAAUUACCGCCAGAGGUCUCUGCGGCGCCAAAACAAAAAAAAUUCACGCGAAGGCGUCAAACUUUUAAAAUCCGCCACCCCUUCCGGCACUUGUCGCCAAUUUCAAUCGUCUGAUCAUGUAAAAUGCCGCGACUUUCCACCGCUUUCGCGCAAUUCAUUGUGCACAUUUGCUUCUCGUGGGGUCUGCUGACCCUGUACGCCUUACCUUUCCACGGAAGUGGCAAAAGCCAGCGCCACUUGCCGGUCUUCUAUGCCUUUGUCAUUGGCUACAUUUCUUCGUUCGUCGGAUUUUUGAGAUAUGCCCACCCAUGGAUGGAGAUUCGUCUGCAGAACGUGGACGCAAAACUAGCGUCGAUGACCCAGUCACUCUUCCCAGCCCUGGUCACCUCUGAACUCGUGCUUAAGCAUUGGCCUUGCGCCCUGUUGCUGCAGGACCAUCUGAUAAGACUGACCUUGCACUUUCUCCUCCUGAUGGCUUCGUUCUGGCUCUACGAAAGCCAGUCCUCGCAAAGACUUUGGCCCAUUCUCAUGGUCGAGAAGGAAACGGUCACCACCAGAAAAAUAUUUGUUGCUCUGGCCCUCGCCGACUCGAUCGUGGCGCAAAAUUUUGACGGAAUCGUCGGCUCGUUGUUCAUGAUGCUGGGCAACCUUUUCGUCGGAACCGUGGGCCUUUUUUUCGAGGUGCCGUCGAGAGACUUUCAUUCCUACCUCCAGUGCUUUUGUAAUUAUCACAUUCUCCAAGCAGUCGUCGAGUGAUUUCAAUCAAGACUAACUACAUUGUAAACCACACUUUAAAUUAUUCCAUUUCACUAAAUAAUAUGUAAACCACUCAUCGAAGUACUGAGUACAAAUUAAGAACAAUAUUCCAUUUUUUAAAUGUAAUUUGCCUCAUCAUUAUAACUGCUGCUUUUAAAUUGUUGCAAGUAGAACUGAAUUUUAAAAUUCAUGCGAAAAUUUGAUGUGAGCUCUUUAACACUUGUAAUUUAUUAUUUUGUUGAAUAUUUUAACUUUUAAUUAAAACAUCUGUAGAAUAUG